CGCAGUUUUCUGUAUUUGUGCUCAAAUUAUAUAAAGUUAUAUUUCUUAAUUUUGUGACAUAUUUAUAUACAUGUAUAAGUUACAAAAUUAGUCAUUAGCAUUCGUUUAUAAAACAUUACAUUAUAUGGCCGUAGCACACUUUUUCUCUACCUAUGGCUGACAUACAAAAUUCACAAAUUCUAUAGGCUGUUGUAGGAAUAUAUACGAUCUCAAAGUGGUGAUUCAUAAAGUUUCACGUAUUUUCCACAAAAUCUUCGGCAGUCAUUCUCUUACUUCUUUGUUAGAUAUACUAGUAUUUAAACCGCACUUAGCCACGAAUGCAGUUGUCAUCAAAUACGAUAGGGAGCGCUUCAUUGGACACAGUUGUUGAGAGAAGUAUCGCUACAUCACAAAGUCCACAAGCUAUCGUCGAUAGUUUUAAGUUAACUAUAAUAUCACACUCAUUACGGCUAAAUAAAAGCAGCUUCCCUACUAUCGGCUACUUUGACAAAUCUUUAUAAGGGAUCUAGUAGUGUACGUGUGGUUGUGUUUGAGUAUGAAUUAACAGAGCAGACCAUAUGCAAAAGUAAACAUUAUGCAUUUGCUUUGCAAAUGUUACCUUUCUAGUUAAAGAUUGAAAUUCUUGUAGUGUGGAUGUCACAUUUACUACUAGAAUUCCUCCACCUCGGAAGCCUCUUCAACCUCAUCAUCUACUAUUUCUUCCUCUUCCACGACUUGUUCCUGGUUAGAAAACGACAUGGCGGCAAAUUCGUCCUCGCUGGCCAGCAGGGUCUCCGUCCACUGUCGGCACGCGUCGUCCAAUGGCGGCCCAGUUCCGCCAUAUUCCGGCGGCAAAGCAUCACGGUCCACGUACUGAUGAAGAGUCUCUGUCUUGGGUCCGUGAAGGUGUAUCUGGGAACAAGAUGGCGGGUGUUCUAUGGAUGGUGGUGUUGUCGGCCGUGUUGCCGAUGAUCUCCCGAGCGGACGAUCGGCCCAACUUCGUGUUCUUCGUGGCCGACGACUUGGGAAUCGGAGACGUCGGCUGCUUCGGAAACGAUACACUUCGGACUCCGAAUAUCGACCGAAUCGCUGCUAACGGUGCCAAGUUGACCCAGCACCUGGCGGCCGCUGCCGUCUGCACCCCCAGUAGAUCAGCGUUUCUAACCGGACGCCUGCCCGUCAGAUUUGGAAUGGCGGGGACGGACCGACCUCUGGCUUACAUCUUUCUGGCUGCUCCAUCCGGGCUACCGAGGUCAGAGGUCACUUUCCCUCAGAUGGCAAAGGAUCAUGGGUACCAGACAGCACUGAUAGGAAAAUGGCAUCUUGGUCUGAAUUGCAAAUGGGUAGGGGAUCACUGCCACCAUCCUAACAAGUUCGGGUUUGAUUACUUUUACGGCUUUCCCGGUUCAAACGCGCCCGAGUGUGACCCGGACAAUGUGACCGCGGGAGCGACGGGGAAGUUCGCCGCCGAUAGGAUCUACACCCGCUUCCGCGUCUGGGAGGUAGCGCUCAGCGUCUUCCUCGGUCUUCUGGCACUCAAGUAUUUCCGUUACGUUCAAUGGAAAACCGUUAUCGUGUUCUCGGUUGUUGGUUGGUCGACGGUGAUAUGUACGUACGCAUUUUGGGCCAAUGGGAGACAGUUUAACUGCGUCAUGAUGAGAGACGAUGACGUCAUAGAGCAACCAUACGACGUUUCUACCAUGACUCCCAGAAUGACUCUUGAAGCCACAAGAUUCCUUGAAGAAAGGAAAGCGAAAAAAGAACCCUUCUUGUUGGAAGUCUCUUACUGGAACGCGCACACAGCCCUUUUACCUUAUAAGGAAUUCCGCGGGAAAAGCCGGCACGGUCUCUAUGGCGACACGGUGGAGGAGAUGGACUGGAGCAUCGGGGUUGUCAUGGCAACGUUAGAACGCCUGGGUCUGACGAACAACACGUUUGUGUACUUCACAUCUGACAACGGCGCGCACAUGGAAAUAGGAGAUGCCGGAGGGUGGAACGGCAAAUAUAAAGGUAGUAAAGGGCAAGGAGGAUCCGAAGGAGGAAUCCGCAUGCCAACACUUGUGCAGUGGCCAAGAAAAAUCAAGCCCGGAACUGUAGUUACGGAGGCGACAAGUCAGAUGGACAUCUUCCCUACGUUAGCAGAGAUCCUGAAGGCCCCACUUCCCCAGGACAGGGUGAUGGACGGACGGAACAUCCUGCCGUUGCUAGGCGGGGCCAAGAAGCCGUCUCCACACGACUUCCUGUUCCACUACUGUGGGGAUAGGUUGCAUGCUGUAAGGUACAGGCCUAGGAAAGGGAAGGUGACCUGGAAAGCCCACUAUGCUUCCUACAACUGGGAACCUGGCACAACACGUUGCGGUGUCGACCGACUUGUCUGCUUCUGUGACGUGCCGUUUGUCACCUGGAACGAUCCGCCAUUGCUGUAUGACGUCACUAACGACCCCACCGAGGACCGACCAAUCAGCGCCGACUCAAACCCGAAGUACCGAGAAGUGCUUGACGUCAUCAUGAAGGCUGUUGCGGAACACAGACAGAACUUGACUGAAGUACCUAACCAGUUUAGAAUACCCCUGUUUUUUCCUAGGCCUUGGCUGCAGCCAUGUUGCAACUUUCCAUAUUGCAAUUGUCAGGAAAAAGUCGAUUUAUCCCCUCUAAAAAUCACCGCCCAAUGAACAAAGAAAUGCUAGUACAAUACAAUACAUGUAAAUGUAAGUACAGUGGCCGACAAGUACACAAGCAGAUGUGUACAUUUGUACUUGUCGGCCACAGUAUGUGAGAAUUUUUCACAGGCUGCUGCAUUCUAAAGCGUGCUCUAAUCUAUUACACGAAGAAUUGCUGUUUACUAUUAAAUAGUAUACUAUAAUUUUCCUGAUUUCCAUUUUUGUACCAAGUGAACUUAAAAAAGCAAGCUGCUAGGGGGAAAACUUACGAGCACAAGAACUAUUUGCCUUCUAAAAUCAGUGACCGCUGCAGUACCAUAUCAAGCCGCCAGAGAGCGCAAAAUGUGAUCAUCAAAACACUACAAAAUGUACCAAGUCUGAUGACAAUCCAUCCAUAUAGCGUCUCAAGUUAUCGUGCCAAACCACAUACAUACAUACAAAUAAACGCUACCAGAAACAUUACCUUCUUGGCGAAUGUAAUAAACAUCUAAACCACAUGUCUCUUUCCAUC